AUGUUGGGUGUGAAAUCUGCCGACACCAUAGAGGUUGCUGCCUUGGGAAGACCAUUCCAGCUUGGGAUGCUGUAUGACUGCCAUAAGGAUGCUCUUAUUCCAGGUAUAACUUUAUGGGAUCAUAAAAACCUACAGAACAACACAAGUGUACAACAACAACAUAAUACUGAAUUUAAUGUCACAACAUCAGAUUCAAUUGAGGAGAAGUCAAAUUCAUUAAAGAUAUCUGGCUCUCUUAAAUUAAGUCUCUUGGGAGGACUGGUGAAUGUUGGAGGAUCAGCCAAAUAUUUCCAAGACACAAAGAAAUCUCUCAAACAAGCCCGUGUGACUCUUCACUACAGAACAACUACGACAUUUAAAACAUUAACAAUGACUCACCUGGCUCGUGGACAGAUGUCUCAUCCUAACGUGUUUGAAGAUGACACUGCCACUCAUGUUGUCACAGCCAUCUUAUACGGAGCUGGUGCUUACUUUGUGUUUGACAGAGAAUCAUCCUCAGAGGAUGAUAGGAAACAAGUGGAGGGAGAGGCUAACCUCACCUUCAAUAAGCUGAAGUUACUCACAAUAGAUGCUGAGGCAUCCCUCAACAUGGAUGAUGAAGAGAAAGCAGCAGCUGAAAAAUUCAGUUGCACAUUUCAUGGAGAUUUCCAGUUAAAAACCAACCCAACUUCCUUCAGUGAUGCUGUGAAUGUUUACAGAGACCUUCCACACAUGCUGGGCGAGAAUGGAGAACAUGCUGUUCCACUCAGGGUGUGGCUGUACCCUCUGGUGAAGUUGGAUUCAAGAGCUGCAAAACUACAAAGAGACAUCAGCAAUGAUCUCAUCACAUACUCCUCAGAAACAAUAGAGUCUCUAACAAUGACAGAGAUGAAAUGCAGUGACAUACUGAAAGACACAGCAGCAGCAACAUUUCCUGCCAUGGGAGAGAAAGUUCAGACUUUUAUGCAGAGGUGUCGUCAGUACAAGCUUGACUUCAUGCAGAAGCUCGGGUCAGUGCUUCCUUCAAUCCGAGGGGGUGGGAAAGAGGAGAGUGCCCUUGAGGACAUCCUGAAGGCACAUGAGCAGUCUCCAUUCAACAGCAAAGACCUGAAUCAGUGGCUCACAUGCAAGGAGAAGGAAUCAGAUACACUGAAAUCCUUCCUCAAGCAACUGAACAACCGAGGUGUAAAAAUGGAUGACAAUUUGGAUGACCUCUUGUCUGAUUUAGAUGUCAAAACUAUUGUGUGCUUUUCAUUUACCUCUGUAGACCAGCCUGAUAGUUUCCUGGUGAAACUGUCAGAUUAUCUCAAACCAUCAGGAAUGGUGGAAACUCCUGCAGAAUCCUCUGAUCUACAGGCCAGAAACACAGAGUGGCUCUCAACUGAUGUUAGACAGACGAUGAGGAGACAACUACAAUUGUUUGGAGAACUGAAGAAGUUGAACAACAGUGAUGACACCAAAUUCAUAGCUGCAUCAAAAUAUGAUGAGAGCCAUCCUGGGGCAUGGAUUUUCAUAUAUGAAGAUGGUUGUUCUGAUGCCGUCCCCUUUGUACCUCCAUCAAAACCUGCCACCCCAACCAUUACUGGUGUUACACAUGACAGCUUAACAGUUAAGGUCUCUGAACCAGAUUCUGCCACUGUAGAGUACAGAUCAGAAUACAGAAAGAAACAGGAACAGGACACUGAAUGGGCAUCUCACCCAGUGCAGAAGAACCAAGAGGCAGUAACUCUGUCAGGACUGAAGCCAGAGACUGUGUAUGAGAUCAGAGCCACAGCUGUGGGGAAACUCAGCUAUGCUGUUAGCAGUGUUGUCGGCAGUGCUGUAACCCUCACAGCAGCUGGUCCACCAACACAGGUACAAAUUACUAAAGAGAAAGCAAACUCUAUCACUCUGACCUGGAGCAUUCCAUCUGUCCAACAAUGUCAAUCUGUAAAAGGGUACAUCAUUGAGUUCAGUGAGGAAAAUAGCAAUCAGUGGAAGAGCAGAGAUACAGGGAAGGAGGUGUACACAUUUACUCUGGACAACCUUAAAGAGGAUACGGCCUACUCCAUCAGGAUGUGCACAGAUGUUGGUGUUGGAGUAAGUCAGCCUGGGGAAGAAUUACAAUUUAAAACUAAGAAAGCACAACUGGAUAAGAAGUUGUUCACUCUGCUCCCAGGUGAUGAUCUGCUCCCACCAGUCUACCUGCUAGAUCUGAAACCAGCAGAAGAUGGUCAGCUCAACAAGAAGGUUUUUGGAAGCCCACCAACAAAAAAGGCUUCAAAGAAAACCAUCAUGGUUGUUGGUGCCACUGGAUCUGGCAAGACCACCCUCAUCAACGGCAUGAUCAACUACAUUCUUGGAGUUGAAUGGGAGGACAACUGGAGAUAUAAACUGAUACAUGAACAAACUAACAAAACACAAGCGUGCAGUCAGACCUCGCAGGUGACAGCCUACGAGAUUUACCACACAAAUGGUUUUCAAGUUCCCUUCUCUCUCACAAUCAUUGACACUCCAGGGUUUGGGGACACCAGAGGAAUCAAACAAGACAAAGAAAUCACAGAAAAAAUAAGAAAGUUUUUCUCAGUCAAAGGAGGAAUUGAUACAAUUGAUGCAGUGUGCUUUGUAGUGCAGUCUGCGUUAGCUCGUCUGACACACACACAGAAAUACAUCUUUGAUGCCAUCCUAUCCAUUUUUGGGAAGGACAUCGCCGACAACAUCAUUGUUCUGGUGACCUUUGCUGAUGGCCAAUCUCCCCCAGUACUGGAGGCAAUCCAAGCUGCCAAAAUCCCAUGUGCAUUGAAUCCAGAUGGGUCCCCUCUUCAUUUCAAAUUCAACAACUCUGUGCUUUUUGCCAACAAUACAGGAGCCAGCAGUGAUGAAGACAACUUUGAUUACAUGUUCUGGAAGAUGGGGAAAGCCAGCAUGAAUAAAUUCUUCACUCAUCUAAACUUGAUGAAACCCCAGAGUUUGACCCUGACAAAGGAAGUUCUCGAAGAGCGCAGACAGCUUGAGGCAACUGUUGAGGGGGUGCAGCCAAUGAUACGAGCAGGUUUGUCAAAACUGGAUGAAAUAAAAACCACAAAAGCUGCACUGCAAAACCACGAGACCCACAUGAAGGAAAAUGAGGACUUUAAUUAUGAAAUAGAGGUUGACAAAUCUGAGAAGAUUGAUAUUAAAUCAGGAACCUUUAUCACCAACUGCCAUGGGUGCAACUUCACCUGCCACUAUCCUUGUCAGAUACCAAAUGAUGAAGACAAAAGAGGCUGUGCUGCAAUGAAAGAUGGAAACUGCACAGUGUGUCCCAACAAAUGCAUCUGGAGUGAUCAUUUUAACAUGACUUACCAAUGGGAGACAAAACUUGUAACAGUGAAGAGGACGUAUCAGGAACUGAAGAGUAAAUAUGAGACAGCACUGGGAGAGAAGAUGACUACAGAGAAAAUCAUUACACAACUGGAAGUAGAAUAUGAGCAGGUGCAGGGGAAAGUUGUAGAAAUGAUGGAGACUUUAACUAAAUGCCUGCAACGUCUGAGAGAGAUAGCCCUUCGUCCAGAUCCUUUGUCUACUCCAGAUUACAUCGAUGUUCUCAUAGAGACAGAGAAACAAGAGGCCAAACCUGGAUGGCAGAAGCGUCUUGUAGAGUUACAAGAAGUAAGAGAAAGGGCAGUUCUUUUGAAAAAGGUGACAGAGGGAGUAGAUCUAACUGGAAAAGAAAAGUCAACAUAUGAUAAGAUAAAGUCUAAGGUCAAGGGAAUCUUCAACAAUGCUGCCAGUCUGGGCUCCAGUAUUCAGACUCCAGCUGUUACAGAAACAAAGGUGUUGAUUAAAGGUGUUGAUGGUAGUGAUGUCACUGAGACUGGUGAUGAAA